GAUAGCCCACCCAUCUUUGUGUACAAAAUGAUAGACCAAACUAUUGGGGAAGCAACAGCAGUCUCAAUGAAAUGCAGUGCUUCUGGUCGCCCCACCCCAACAAUUCAGUGGGCAUUGAAUGGAUUUCCCCUGAAGGAAAUCCCUGAUCAACUCUCCAGGUACAUGACUGGGCAAUAUGUGACAGUCCAUGGGAUUGUAGUGAGUCACGUGAACAUAUCAGCAGCCACCAGCAGGGAAGGAGGGAUUUAUUCCUGUGCUGCUGUGAAUUCAGCUGGCAACACUGUGCACUCUGCUCAUCUCAGGGUUUAUGGGCCCCCUGUGAUCAGGGACAUGCCAGCACAAACUGCUGUUGUUGGGAAGGACUUUAGUGUUUCCUGUCCUGUGGGAGGGCAUCCCAUUCACAAUAUUACCUGGAGGAAAGAGACCUCCAGUGAAGGGAAUUUGAAGGAAGAUGGAAGAUUUGUGCUACACCCCAAUGGGACUCUGACUGUGAGAUUUGUGCAGAAGUCAGAUGGAGGAAAGUAUGUUUGCAAGGCAUUUGGCCUGAGGGGGCAAUUUGCAGAGAAUUCUGUUCAUAUCACACCAGCAGAACCACCCAACCUGGCAUCCCUGUCGGUCGACCCCGAACUGAAGACCGGCGACCGCGCCACGCUCAACUGCGUGGUGAAGGGCGGCGAUUCGCCGAUGGAGUUGCGCUGGUCGCGGGACGGUGUCGCUGUUGACGCAGGAGCGCUGCUGCCCGUGCUGCCUGCAGCAGCGACAUCUAGCGCGCUGGUGCACCGCAUCGACGACUUCACCAGCAUACUCGUCAUUCGCAACAUUACCACGGCCCACGCGGGCAACUACUCUUGUCAAGCACUCAACCGCGCCGGUGUCGACACCCGCACUGUCACUCUCCUUGUCAACGGUAUGGAGCCACAGAUUGGCUUGUUCUCCUUUGGUGACAACUUGAAAGAGGGCCAAAGAGUGCAAGUGCUCUGCCAUGUGAACCAGGGAGACAGUCCAGUCAGGAUCCUGUGGUACAGGGACCAGACUGUGCCCCCCAGCACCAGUCAGCAACAGGGCAUGGUCAUGAGGCAAGUGUUGCCAACUCAUGAUGACUCCAUCAGUAUCCAAGCCCUGGAUGGCUACUCUGCAAGGUUGAUUAUCCCUGAUCUCAAAAUAACCCAUGCAGGGAAUUACUCUUGUGAGGCAAUCAACCAGGUUGGGGCUGCUAAACUAACUGCUCAACUGGUGGUCAGUGUUCCACCAAGAUGGACAAGUGAGCCACAAGGAGAGAAAUCUGGUUUGUUGGGUCACAGAAUUAUUCUGGAUUGUGGUUCAGAAGCUUUUCCUGAGCCCAUUGUGGUUUGGAAGAGAUACAAAGCUGGGGAGCUGGACCAGUUCCAAGAAAUACAAACCAUUUCUUUGGAACACAGUUCAGAGGCCUCAUGGGUGCAUUUGAAAAACCAAAGCCUCUUGACUCCAGCUUUGUCAAAGGCCCAUGAAGGAAGAUACAUGUGCAGAGUGGACAAUGGGAUUGGAUCCCCUUUGAUCAGAAACUUUUUUGUUCAAGUCAGAGCUCCACCAGUGUUGGAUGAAACCUAUGGUGUGAAGGAGGGUAAGUUCUCCUUCAGGCUUGGUGAUGAAGGCAGUUUGACCUGUGUGGCAACUGGUGACCCACCUCUGAGUAUCUCUUGGUAUGUCAGGGGCAUCAAGGUGUCUGCAAACUCAAACCAGAUCUUUGCUGACCCCGUGACAAAAAGAAUAAAAGUUAGCAGCUCUACCAGAGACUCCUCUACUACCUCCAAGCUGACCAUCAAAGGGAUUGAGCUUUCAGACUCUGGGAUUUACAGAUGUGAAGCUGACAAUCCCUUUGGAAGGACUGACAGAACCCUGGAAAUCAGUGUUCUUGAUGCACCAGGGAGUCCUCAGAAUGUUACUGUGGAAAGCAUCAGCAGCAGGGGAUUUUUUGUGAGAUGGAGAAGCCCUGAGAGAAAUGGCAACUCUUUCAUCACCAAGUACCACAUCUGCUUGGAGCACAAAAUCAGUGAGCCUCCAGCAGCAGCUCCGACGAACCUGACAGCAGAUGCCAUCAGUUCCAGGCAAAUCCGGAUAUUUUACAGUCUGCCCGACAAGUCCACAUGGAACGGAGCCCUUUUGGGAAUUUAUGCGGGGAUCAAGCUGUCGUCGGGCCCGGGGAUUUUCAAUUUCACAGUGCUGCCCAUGAAGGCCAGCAGCAGCAGCAGCAGCAGUGUGACGACGGGUUAUCACCAUGAAUUCACCUUUGACUCUCUGAAACCAUUCACUGACUACGAAAUUGCCCUGAGGCUUUUCAAUGGACAAGGCUCCGGUCCUUUGUCUAGUUCUGCCAGGGCCAGCACUCUGGAAGACGGUCCUGAAGUUCCCCCUCAGACUGUUUCCUGUGCUCCAGUGUCAUCCACAAAAGUGCUGAUUUCCUGGAACAAAAUCCCUUCAAAACUGGCCAAUGGGGUUCUGAUGGGCUAUGAAAUUGUGUACACUCAAGCUGAUUUGGUGUGGAAAGAUGAGAGUUCCAAGUUGAGACAAAAGGUGGGAGCAGCAGCCAGGGAAUCUGUAGUUGAGUCCCUGAAAAAGUACUCCAACUACUCUUUUGAAGUACUUGGGUUCACAAGAGCAGGUGGAGGACCUGCUUCUGUGCCUGUGUUUUGCUCAACUUUUGAAGACAAACCUGGUCCUCCAAGAGGGCUACUGGUUAAGAAGCUGAGUCCAGACACUGUGAUAAUUGCUUGGGAAGAGCCAGAAAAAUCCAAUGGAGUCAUACAGGGCUACAAGGUCUACCUGGAUCCAGACCCACAGAGUCAUUCCAGAGGGAUGCACAGUGUUUCCUCAUCCUCCAGAUAUCUGCAAGUGGGGAUUGGAACCAGGAAGACAUUUGAUGUCUAUGUUGCUGGUGUCACAUCUGCUGGGGAAGGCUCAAGUUCUCCAGUGGUGAAAUUCCACACCAAGGAUGAUGGAGUGCCAGCAGCCAUUUAUUCAUUUGGUGGCCCAAGAAAGGUGAAAGUUGGCACUGACCUUGAACUGGCCUGUGCUCAUGUUGGCCAAGAGAAACUGACAUUGUCUUGGCAAUUUGAGCCUGAAGGUGGGCUUGGCUUCAGGCCUGUGUUGGCCCACAGAUCUUCUGAUGGUCUUCCUUGGAAUGAAGCACAUAAUGCAGGCAUUGGGGCUCAAGGCACACUUUUCCUAAGACCUGUGCAGCCUGGUAAUGCAGGCACUUACAAAUGCACUGUGAGCAAUGACUUGGCCACAGACUCCAUCAACUACAGUGUUGUUGUGCUUGAACCACCAAAACCACCAAUGAUUGCAGCUGUUGAGGAAGUCAGUGAAGGAAGAGUGAAGGUCACAUGGACACCACCUGUCUCAAACCCUGACUCAGUUCCACCCAUCACAGCCUACCAGAUCUUCUACAGACCUUCCAAGCCCAAUCAUGCCACCAAGGCAGUGACAGUCAGUGGGUCCACCACCAACAUGGUUCUCAAGAACCUCACAUGUGGCACUCCAUACUUGGUGCAUGCCAAGGCUGUCAAUGAGAUUGGAGCUAGUGAGAAAAGUGCUGCCAGUCAUGUGCAGAUGAGUGGGAAUCUGCCUGCAUCUCCUGAUGCUGAAACUGCUGUGGUGUUGAAUGAGAGUGACACAGUGCUGGUGCUCAAGGAAUGGACUGCCAGGGGUUGUCCUAUACUCUUCUUCAGUGUUGCCUACAGGCUACUGGGAUCCAAUGACUGGAUAAUUGUUGCAAGUAAAGUGGAGCCAAAUGAAACUGAAUUCCGCCUGAGAGGCCUGAACCCAAAUUUGGAGUAUGAAGUCAAAGCAACUGCUCAUUCUGCUCCUGGUCAAGUUGUGUCUGUGUUCAGGAUCGGUCCAGAAGCUUUUGAUAAGCAUGCUGAUUCAUCAGAGCGCCUCUUUGCUCCUUUCCCAGUUGAAAUAUUCUCAGACCCUGUUGUCCUUGUUCCAGUUGUUGGUUCACUGAUAACCAUGAUUAUAGUUGGCACUGGUGUGUGUUGCUUUGUCAGGUGUCAGCCUGACAUGAGCUUGCCUGUGCAAAAGAGACUGGAGACAAACAGCAACAACCCAGAUUUUUCAUAUCAUCAGCAAAGAUCAGGCAGCUCUGGACACCAGCAGACUGCUGGUAGAAUGAAACCUGAUGAGGAAAUCUCUCCAUAUGCAGUGUUUGAGAUGAACCAAAGAGGAGAUCCAGGAACAGCUACCCUCAACAAUGCCUCCAGGGCAGGAAGGCGGAUUGUAGCAGUGGACACAACAGGAACUAUGGGAAGAAGCAGGAGAAGUGUGCCUGAAAUGAAUCACAUGAUGGGACAGUGUGAUGUUCAGGUGGCAGAUGUCGCUUCAUCUGGGGGCUAUUCCAUUCCAUUUGCCACCAGUAGGGAUUCAGCUCUGGCAUCAUCUUUGGACACUCUGAGGGUUCUGGAGGAUGGCAGCAGCAACAGUGCAACCAGGAAACUCACACACUGCAGAGACCCAAACGCGCCGCCGAGAAGCAAGAAGAAUAAGCAAAGGAAUGACCAGCAACCCCAGGAAUUCGACCCACCACCAGGGUUCGAGGACGAUGUUACCCCGGGUUGCCCAAUAAUGAACCCAGAAGACAGCGAAAACUUCACCAUCCGACACAUGCCCGAACCCAAGAAAAAUCGUGGUUCGUGGAAAAAGAAGGAAGGUGGCGGUGAGCAGCAAGCGAAAAUGGCUCUGCUGAAAGACAAUUUUACCAUUUCCGUGUGAACCAAUUUUCUAAAAAGGGAUCGUUCGUACGAGUUUGAAUGAAGGAUUUUGCACUGA